AUGUCUGUCGCAUGUCCUCAGGUCAGAACCCUCACCAAAAAGAAUGAUCCUUUGCACAUCAUCAGAACUCGAAAGCUAACGCAUAAUAGGCCGGUGACCAUUGCAGGUCCGAUGGUUCGCUACUCUAAGCUUCCCUUCCGCCAAGUUUGCCGUCAUUAUAACGUCGAUAUUGUAUACACACCAAUGAUACUUGCCAGAGAGUUUGUACGGAAUUCCCAUGCGAGAAUGGCUGAUUUCAGCUCCAACGAGAAUGAUUCGCCGUUAAUCGUGCAAGUAGGUGUCAAUAAUGUCACAGAUUUACUCAGAUUCGCAGAAAUGGUCGCUCCUUAUUGCGACGGUAUUGGAAUCAACUGUGGGUGUCCGAUCAAAGAGCAGAUCAGAGAGGGCAUAGGAUCAGCACUCAUUUACAACCCAGAUCUGCUCACCAGCAUGAUUUCCGCGGUCAAAAGCAAAUAUGGCGACAAGCUGAGACUGGAAACCAAGAUACGAAUCCACGACGAUUGGGACCAAACUGUCGAACUAUGCAAUCUUCUCUGUGACGCAGGCGUAGACUGGAUCACGAUUCAUGGCAGAACGAGAACUACGCGUUCCUCGGUGCCGGUAAACCUGGAUGCAAUCAAAUACAUCACCGAAAAGAUUAAGUGCAGAGACGUUCCGGUGAUUGCCAACGGGGAUUGCUUUACAAUGAAGGACUUUCAAAAGAUUUUAGACUACACGGGGGUUGACGGAGUUAUGGCUGUGAGAGGGCUUUUGGACAACCCAGCUCUGUUCAGUGGCCAUGACAAGUGUCCCUGGGGUGCUUUGGAACUAUUUUGGCACUAUGCUAUGGAAUUUGGCGGCCUACCGCAUCAAUUGCUUCUGCACCAUCUACACUGCAUGUUCGAGAGCAUGCAGCUGGAAAAGAAUCUACACAACGAGCUCAUGAAUAUCAAAACGACAACAGAGCUCAUAGACUGGUUUGACAGGUAUUUCAUUCUAAAAAGAGCCGAUGAGGACGGUUUUUCGGAAGCCAUCGAAAUACCUUACAAGAAUAAAUCAAAGGUUUAA